AUGUUCCGAUUCGCCUGCUGCUACCCCAGGAUCGCCUUCGUUACUCAUUCCUUUCUUCCAACGCCAUACACACGGCAGCUUGCUUCCGGGCAAAUUACCAGUUCUCAAGGGUUGACAGACGAAGAAUUGAGCACGGCGCGAAUUUGGCUGUCUGAGCUUACUCCAAGGACCAUUCCAAGAAACAUUGGUGAUGUUUCUUAUAGCAGGUCGAGUGGUCCUGGCGGUCAGAAUGUGAACAAGGUGAACUCAAAAGCAACACUUAAAAUCCCCGUCUCAUCCAUUCUGCCCAUUGUGCCACGCGCGCUACACGCCAAGAUCAAAUCUUCACGUUACAUGGCGGAACGCUCUGAUUGCUUGGUAAUACAAUCGGAUGAAACUCGCAAGCAGUCCAAAAAUCUCGACCUUUGCUUUGAAAAAAUUUAUCAGUUGCUGGUCGCUGUGGGUAAGGCGGUCAUUCCAGGCGAAACCUCCCAAGAACAGAAGAAAAGGGUGCAGGAUCUCGAAAAAGCUAGUAAAGAAGCUAGAUUACGAAAGAAGAAGGCUCAUAGCAUGAAGAAAAGAAGCCGGCGAUCGACUGGCUACGAUGAUUGA